UUUCAAGGCUGAAUGAGAAUGUUGGGAGCUCAUUGGUGGGUUUGUAGUUCACGUGACGCGCAGGUUAUCCAAUCGCGAGCAAACGCGGAAGUGUUACCGUUCCGCAGCCGGCGUUUCAUUAGCGUGAGUACAUCAAAAUGUUCUCCUAUAACAACGAUUUCUUGCAAAAUAAUUCAGAUGGAGUUUAGUUUGAGCAAUUUGAAGAAAUAUUUAUAUAUAUAUUUAUAUAUAGUAUGUAUAUUUUUCAUCGCUGUGUAGUGGAUACAGAGGAAUAGUGUUAGCUUUCAUCAGAAUGCACGAGCUGUUUUGACUAGCAUGGACUUCCUCUCCUACUGUAUCCUGAUGCUGCAUGUGUAAUGGAAAUGUUAUUUGUUUAAACAAAAGAAAUGUCAUUAAAAUACGCUUUUACAUUUAUAUUUAACGGUUUUGCUCUGUAGGAAUUAGUGUGCUGUUUUGGGAAGAAAUAAAUCCUGAGCUUAAACUCUUUAGCUACGUAUAAAGAUGUGUUUAUGAAUGCUAGUCAAGAAGGGUUUUCAAGGGAAGAAUGGAAAGAAAGACUUUCUCAUAUGUGAUCGAGAGGAAGAGGUACAACAGAUGUUUUUUUUUUUUCCAAUCAGCAAAAAAAAGAAAAUGGCCACAGAUGUGAGAAUAUAGUGGUGUAGAUCAUUUAUACUAAACUAAUUCACUAUACAAACCAGGGUAUUUUCAUAUUUCACAAAUGUCAUAUUUUAAAAAUGUGUAUUUCCUGCUCUUCUCUCUCUCUGAGAUAAAAGUACUGACUGACUGUACGUUUCUUUGUUGCUCCUCUGAUGUUAUUAACAUUUGUGCCUUUAGUACAUGGUGAACCCAGAGUGAGUGUUUAGAGUCAGCACUGAAAGCAGCACCAGGAGUCAUCAUGCUGCACAAAUGACUUAAAGGCUGCACAAUGUUCCUGUUUUAUUCUGAAAAGGACCUGUAGACUAAAAUAGGUCCUCUUGAUGGUACCAAUCAGGUGACAAGAAGAGAGACAUGAUGCUGUGGGUUCUGUCCGGCUUGCUGGUACUCUUCAGUACCGUUGACGUGUGGUACUUUGUGCGUGGAGCCUGGGCGGUCCUGAAGUACCUGUUUCAGGACCCUGUCCGAGACGUUCUGGCCGAGCAGGUGGUCCACGGCCGAGUUCUCCCUCACGACAUCGAUUACAUGGGCCACAUGAACAACGCUCGCUACCUGAGAGAAUGCGACUUCGCCAGGCUCUCGUAUUACACACGCACCGGCAUGUUCAAGGCCUCCCACAUGCUCGGGGCACGGAUGGUGGUCGGAGCCUCGACCAUCCGCUACCGUCGCUCGCUCGGACUCGGCGAGGCGUUCGAGCUGCGUAGCCGCAUCGUGGCCUGGGACGAGAAGUCAUUCUUCGUUGAGCAGCGUUUCGUCUCCAAAACCGAUGGCUUCAUCUCUGCUGUCAUACUGUGCAGGCAGAACGUUCUUCAUAGCACUCCUGAUCAGAUUUUGCAGCAAAUGUGCAAGAGAAAGGUGGAUUGUCCUGAUGUCCCCGAGGACCUUCAGCACUGGAUCAAUUUCAUCUCGGCUAACAGUCAGGCACUGAGAGCCGAAUGCGGCUUAGACGAGAAGACCAAGUAACGGGUCGCAGCCCGUUUGUUAUUUAUUAGUCUCAGCACUUUUUCUUUACGAUAUUUAUUUUAUGUUAGUAUGUUAAUAGGCGGAAAAAGGAAAUCACGAGAGACCAGGGAUGCAUCGGAACUGGGUAUGGGGCUGAUCUUAUGGGCAUUUGCUCAUAUGUUAAAAUAAAUGCUCAUUUACACAAGGCCUAGUAUUACAUUAUCAUAUGAAUAAACAGACAACAAGAAAUAACAGCCACAGUCAUUGUAAUGUGAAAAAACAUCAAGAUAUGCCACAACAGCAUUUUUAAUGAUACAAGUAACCUGAUAUAUCACUGUAAUUAAACAGUAAAUGUAAUGGAGAGCAUGAGGGUGAAACUCCUGACAUGAGAGCAGUUCAGUUGUGCGAGCACUGAGCACCGAGGACGAAACUCAAGUAAUGGCAUCCUGCGCUCAUUUAUAAUGGCACUGUUUUGUUUUUACUUCAUAACCUAUUAAACAUGGCACUGAUAGGAUAUGGCAGCUACCAGUUUAAACACAGCCACAGUGUGUCAAAAGUGUUUUUUUGAGACAUGUGCAUGUUCCUUUUGUUUCAAUCAGUAGAAAGUAAAAACACAAGAAUUGGACUAUGAAUGACUGGAGGAAAACUCUGUGAACAGAUGAGACCAAAUUGGGAAUUUUAUCUCUAAUAGGAGAACUGAUGUAAGACUGUGAAUUAGCAGACUGCCUCACCCCCACAGCCAAACGUCGAGGUGGAAGCGUAAUGGUUUGGGGUUGUUUUGGAGGCUUAUUCCGGGUGAAAGGAACCAACAUGGCAACCAUUCCAUACUUCAGCACCAUGCGAUUCCGUCUGGACUGCAGCCGAAGCGUACGUUGUCCAAGCUCUUUAAGCGUUAUUUAUAGACAAAACAGUAUCUUUAGUGUUUUCCUGAUGGAAUGACCUGCCCAGUCACCGCACCUAAAUCCUGUUGAACUGCUCUGGGAUGAACUGGAUUAAAGAAAUCUCCAACCAGUGAAGAAGUUUUAUAAGAGGCAUGGCAAAGUAUUUCUGAUAACUUUCCGGAUGCCCAGAGUGUGUAAAAAGCUGUAUUCAUGCUAAGGGAGGAUUAAAAGGAAUAAAAUUGAACAUUUGUAUAUAUAUAUUUGAUUGGGCAAAACUGAUGAUCUACCAUUCCAUGAUCUGGUUUGUUGCAUAGAAGCAAAAGGAACAUGCACACCUCUCUCAAGAACCAUAAAAGACUAGGUAUCUCCACACUUUUGACAAGGCUCUGUUUAUAAAUAUUGAUAUUUUACACAGAGUGACGAUUAUAGCUAUCGAUCAUCCCCAAUAGACGUUAAAGAUUUCUACCUGUUAUUUAUUGUACUGAAGUCCUAGGAGGCCAUGCCUUUUUUUUUCCUUUCUUGUUUUUUCACGUGAUCGCGACUUAAUUUUCUAGUGAUCUCGACAUAACAAAAGUUGUUUUUUUCUCGUGACCCACGUCGUGGACGAGCUCGCUGCCACAAACGGAAAAUAAAAAGUAUUACGAGAAAAUUGUUUGUCAAGAUCACGAGAUUUGUCGUAACAAGGAAACAACUUUUGUUAAGAUAUACAUUCGUGCGUCCCACAGUGGGGAAAUUUUGGUGUUACAGCAGCAAAAAAUGUGCAUGUCGAAAUCACGAGGAAAUCAAGUCGUAUAAUAAGAAAAGAACAAGUCGAGAUCAGGAGAAAACAAGAAAGAAAAUCUAUUAUAAUGCAUAGCCUAAGUAGGAUUGGGCAUUAUUCCGCUACAUAUAAGGAAAUAUAGUGAUGUACUUGGCUGUUUAUAAAUCAGAAUAAGUGCGUUUUCUGGUACUGUAUUUGACACGGUUUAUCUUUUUGCUGAAAAGGUAACGAUUUGACGUUAGCACUUACUACAACACUGAAACGGCACCAUGUAUCGGGUCCAGAUUUUUUUUUUUUGGGUCAAGUUCUGUAUAAUUAGACGAUCCCAAGUUUGAAAAAGAUGUAUUUAUAAUCGACAUUGGCUGCUGGUAUAAAACCUGUCAGUCUGACUGUAUUGUUUGUUGACUUUUUUGGGGGAAAAGAAGAUUUGAAUGUACCGAUCAAAUAUUCUAUUUAUUUUAAAUUAUUGGCGAGAAUGCACUGAAAUGCGGUUCGACAAGACGUUAGCAUGUUUUUAGCUUUAACGCGCACUAUUAUUUGACGCAAAUGAGACGAUGACCAGAGUUUCGCAUUGUGAAAUAAAUGUUUGUGAUGAGCUUAAUAAAGAUAAUAGGACUUAUUUUA